AUGGAACAACAACUAGGGCAAGUUUUGUCCCAAAUGAUGGAAACGAUGCGAGGAAUGCAAUUACAGCAAGUACAAUUACAACAAGCCUUACAAACCAGUGAUAAAACGGUUAGUGGUAUCACAUUACAACCUUAUGAUGAAAACAAUGAAUCAUUUUCGACUUAUUUACAAAGACUUCAAAAUUAUAUUUCCUUGAAAGGUGUCACAAGUGCUACAAUUAAAGUGCAAAUUUUUCUCAAUUGUAUUGGCCCUAAAUACUACCAAGUACUGAAAAACAUCACAGCGCCUGAGUGUCUAGAAUCAAAAAGCUAUGAUGACCUUGUAGAACUACUAAGGAAUCAUAUUGCCCCAGAACCCGGUGAAGUUGCUCAACAACACAAAUUCUGUCUACGGCAACAGCAUGAGUGUGAAAGCAUUGCUAACUACGUAGCUGGAUUAAAAGAAAUAGGCGGAAAAUGUAACUUUAUAUGUAAUAAUUGUAAAAAUAGUACUUUUGAAACACAUCUGCGAGUACAGUUCAUACGAGGGCUGCGUAACUCUGAAAUUAAAGAAAGAUUAUUACAAGAAUCUUCUUCUACAAAAUUUGAUGAUUUAAUUAGGAUUGCAAUGGCGAUUGAGACUUCCAAAGUAGAAACAAAAGAAAUGUGUGCAGCAGUCACUACAUGCUCUGUACAAUAUUAUAAAGAAAAUUUCAGUAAUCUUAAAUUAGAAACUACACCAAUUAAAUUAAAAACUUACACAGGAGAAAUACUUUACCCACGGGGAACCUGUAAUGUAAACAUCAAAUAUAAAAAUACAGAAGUCAUAGGAAGAAUCUUUGUUAUUGAUAGAAAAGUUGAUCCUGUAUUGGGAAGAGAAUGGAUUAGGAAAUUAAACUUACAAUUUGACAUAAAUUCACUACAAAAAGAAGGAAAUGAUAUUACAGAAAAAGAGUUUACUGAGAAAUUGAAAAAAAUUAUACAAGAAUACAAAGAACUAUUUUCUGAAGAAAUAGGAGAAAUUAAAGAUUAUCAAGCAGUAUUUAAAUUGAAAGAAGGUGCAGUUCCAGUCUUUUUAAAACCACGUCCAGUACCAUUCGCUUUGAAGGAUCAGGUGGAAGCAGAAAUAGACAGAUUAGAAAAGGAAGGAAUAUUAGAAAAAGUCACAUACUCACAGUGGGGAACACCAAUUGUUCCUGUCUUGAAGCAAAAUGGAAAAAUGCGCUUAUGUGCUGACUAUCGCGCUACAUUAAACAAAAAUCUGGAAAAUGACAACUACCCUAUACCUCGUGUUGAAGAAAUAUUUUCAAAGUUAAGUGGAGGAAAAUAUUUUUGCACACUGGAUAUUAAUCAAGCUUAUUUGCAUAUGAAGACUAAUGAAGAUACAGCAGAAAUGCAAGCUAUUAGUACAUGCAAGGGUACAUACAAGGUGAAAAGACUAAUGUUCGGAGUGAAAAUUGCACCAAAUGUUUGGCAGAGAUACAUGGAUCAAACACUUCAAGGAAUGGAAGGUACAGUUUGUUUUUUUGACGACAUUGCUUUACAAGGACGUACAUUUAUACAAUUACUACAAAGAAUUAGGAAGGUAUUUGACAAAUUAAAAGAAUGUGGACUACACUUAAACAGAGAGAAAUGUCAGUUUUUUCAGAAAUCAGUUACUUACCUAGGACAUACAAUAAAUGAAAAAGGUCUACACCCUACAGAAGAUAAAGUAAAUGAUAUAAAGAAUAGUUCACGUCCAACAGAUGUUUCUUCACUACGCACAUUUUUGGGAAUGAUAAAUUACUACCAACAAUUUAUACCUAACUUAGCAUCAAAACUAAAUCCUUUAUACAAAUUAUUACAAAAAGAUACAAAAUUUACUUGGUCAACAUCAUGUGAACAAGCAUUUCAAGAACUGAAAAAAGAAAUCUGCGGAGAAAAAGUACUUAUACCAUUUCAUGAAAACUUACCUGUCACAUUAGCCACUGAUGCAUCACCAACUGGAAACGGAGCUGUGUUGUCACAUAUUAUGCCGGAUAAAUCAGAACGUCCAAUAGCUUUCGCGUCAAGAUCUCUUACAAAGGCAGAGAAAGGUUACAGCCAGUUAGAUAAAGAAGCCGCAGCAUUAGUUUGGGGACUGAAGAAAUUCUUUCAGUAUUGUUACGGUAGAAAAAUAAUUCUCAUAGUAGACAACCAACCAUUAGCUAGAAUUUUACACCCAGAGAAGGCUACACCUGCUACAACAGCCAUACGACUUGUACAUUAUGCUAACUUUUUAGCUGGAUUUGAUUACCAGAUAAAACUAAGGAAGACUGCAGAACAUGCUAAUGCCGACUAUUUUUCAAGACUACAACAUACAAAUAAAAAUGAAAAGAAUGAUACACUUACAGAUGACGAAGCUUUCUACUUAAAUCAGAUUUCAGAAAUACCAGUUUCAUUACAAGAGAUAAGGGUAGCUACAGCUACUGACCCGGAACUACAGAAGUUAUAUAUUGAUAUACAAUCAGGACGAGAAGAUAAAACUAGACUACAUGAAUUUUCAUUGCAGAAUAAUUGUAUAUUUUAUGGCAUACGAAUCGUCAUACCUAAGAAACUACAACCUAAAAUAUUAGAAGAAUUACAUACAGCGCACAUGGGUAUAGUUAAGAUGAAGGCUUUAGCAAGAAGCUAUGUGUGGUGGAAGAACAUUGACAUAGAUAUUGAAAAUAUGGUGAAACAAUGCAAGAGAUGCUGUUUGAUGCGUAAAAACCCGACUAAGGUACCUGUACACAGCUGGGAAUACCCUAAAGAACCGUGGAGUCGUAUUCAUAUUGAUUAUGCCGGACCAUUCAUGAACCAAUAUUUUCUUAUGGUGGUAGAUGCCUAUACUAAAUGGUUAGAAGUUAUACCUACUAAUUCUAUGUCAGCUGCAACAACUAUAAAUAUUCUAAAGAAGUUAUACACUACAUUUGGUUUACCAAUAACGCAAGUCUCGGAUAAUGGAAGACAAUUUAGAUCAGAAGAAAUGCAAAAAUUCUUAAAAGAAAAUGGAAUUCAAGCUAAAUUUACAGCACCAUUUCAUCCUUCUACCAAUGGUCAAGUAGAAAGAUAUGUUCAAACUGUUAAAAAUAAACUUAAAGCAAUGAUAAAUGAAGAGGGAUCUAUACAAGAUAAAUUACAAAGAUUUUUAAUGAUGUAUAGAAAAACACCUAACAGUACUACAGGAUUAAGCCCAGGUGAAAUGAUGUUUAAAAGAAUAUACAGAACAAGAAUUGACUUAGUAAAAAGACCACAGGAAUUAAGAAACAACAGUAAUGAAGAGAUAAUAGUAACCAAGGAAUUUCAAAGAGGAGAGAAAGUUCAAAUUCGAAUGUAUGACAGUAAUAAAUGGAAAUUUGGUAACAUAGUAAAUAGAAAAGGAAAAUUACAUUAUGAAGUGGAAGUAGAUGGAAGAAUACAUCAAAGACAUGUAGAUCAAAUCAUAAAGACAUCAUGCUUAGAUAAUAACUUUAGAAUACCAGAUACUUACCUGAUUAAACCAAGAGAAUCAGUGGCAAAUUUAUAUACACCAAAAUUACCUGAAAAAGACGUACUCCCUGGAAAAGACUUACUCCCUGGAAAAGACUUACUACCUGAAAAAGACCUUACAACUACACAUGCUAACGCUACAAGAAGGGAAUCUAUACCUUACACUGAAACCUCGGAAGUGGACAAGCCAGAGACACCUCAAGCAACUCCAGAUAUACCUCCUACUACACAGGCUGAAAUUGAACCCCGUCGUAGUACCCGGAUUCGACGACCACCAAACCGAUUGAACUUCUAA